GGCUUCCCCGAGACGGCGGCGACGUGGGCGCAGAGCGGCGUGAGCGGCGGGCUCGGGUGGGCGGGCGGCAGCCUACGCCAUGAACCCCAGGGGACUGUUCCAGGACUUCAACCCGAGUAAGUUCCUCAUCUACGCCUGCCUUCUGCUCUUCUCGGUAUUGCUGCCCCUCCGCCUGGACGGCGUCAUCCAGUGGAGCUACUGGGCCGUCUUUGCCCCCAUAUGGCUGUGGAAGCUCCUGGUCAUCGCGGGUGCCUCGGUGGGUGCGGGCGUUUGGGCUCGCAACCCUCGCUACCGCACCGAGGGGGAGGCCGGCGUGGAGUUCAAAGCCAUGCUGAUCGCCGUGGGCAUCCACCUGCUGCUACUCAUGUUCGAAGUCCUGGUCUGUGACCGGGUGGAGAGGGGCACCCACUUCUGGCUGCUGGUCUUCAUGCCGCUCUUCUUCGUUUCCCCGGUGUCCGUAGCUGCUUGUGUCUGGGGCUUUCGACACGACAGGUCGCUGGAGCUAGAGAUCUUGUGCUCCGUCAACAUCCUGCAGUUCAUCUUCAUCGCCCUGAGGCUGGACAGGAUUAUCCACUGGCCGUGGCUGGUGGUGUUCGUGCCCCUGUGGAUCCUCAUGUCCUUCCUUUGCCUGGUUGUCCUCUAUUACAUCGUCUGGUCCCUCCUGUUUCUGAGGUCCCUGGAUGUGGUUGCAGAACAGCGAAGGACACACGUGACCAUGGCUAUCAGCUGGAUAACGAUUGUUGUGCCCCUGCUCACUUUUGAGGUCCUGCUGGUUCACAGGUUGGAUAGCCACAAUACAUUCUCUUACAUCUCCAUAUUUGUUCCCCUCUGGCUGUCUUUAGUAACUUUGAUGGCCACAACAUUUAGACGGAAAGGAGGCAAUCAUUGGUGGUUUGGCAUUCGCAGAGAUUUCUGUCAGUUUCUGCUUGAAAUUUUCCCAUUUUUAAGAGAAUAUGGGAACAUUUCCUAUGAUCUCCAUCAUGAAGACAGUGAAGAUGCUGAGGAAACAUCCGGUUCAGAAGCUCCAAAAAUUCCUCCAAUGUUUGGAAAGAAAGCCAGGGUAGUUAUAACGCAGAGCCCUGGGAAAUAUGUUCCCCCGCCUCCCAAGUUAAAUAUUGAUAUGCCGGACUAAAACUGCCUUCCUCACUGGCCCUUUGGUGAGCUGGAAACAACCAACUCCACCUUGCUUUUGCCACUUUAUUCAUCCCAAACCCGAAACCACAAGCAGGCUCCAAACACCAUUUCACGACUUGAGAUCGAUGCGGAUUAGUGACUCAUCAUUGUCUCCUGUAGAUAGCAGGGGUUAGUUUUGUCUUUGGUUUUGUGUGUAUGUUGUAUGUAUGUGUGAGAGAACUCCUGUUUGCUUUCCAAAUAGGUCUUUAAGAGCUAGCCAGGGGCAGUAGGUGGAAUUGUUUUAGUAGGUCCUCAAAAGGAGUAACUACACAGUUUGUUUUGUUUUUUUUAAAGGUCUACUACACCUAUUAAAAGUAUUGUUUAAAAAAUAUUUUUAUAUACGGCUAGUCUAAAAUUGUAUGUGAGAUUGUACCUGUUGUGGCAGAAUAACAAAUGUACAGAAUUCUCUUUCCCGCCGCUGGUUUAUAAGCCUUGCAGUUAUUUCUAGUGUUCCUACUGUUAAAAUAGUUCUUCUUUGGACAUUGCUUUGGUCGUGAAUUGUCUUUAAUAUUCAAAUAGAUGAACUUUUCUAAUGGCGUGAAUCUGUGCAUAUAUGAAUAUUUUAGCAGUGUAAUGUGUUGAAUUCCAGUUCUCUGCAGUACAAAGUAUUAUGUUAAAGUAUUUUUUUACGUUUCUACGUGAAGAUACAUGUUUAUUGCAGGUGUCCUCAGAGUGCAUAAAAUGUUCAUAUAUACCUCUUAUGGGGUCAAAUCUAAGUACCAGGCACAAAGCAGGGAUUGGAAAUCCCAUGGGUCUGAAUAUUCAGGUAUUCGGUGACCGGUCUGCACAGUUCUGCAGUCUGUCUCAGUAACUGUUCGGAGCCACCACCCUUUGGGAGCAGGUGACACCCUCCAGUGUGGAACCAGGUCCUAACGUGACUUAUUUACCAUUUUUCUCCAGAGGUGAUAACAUCUCUUGAGGAACAACUAAAGUAAGCAAAGAGUGGUUUGUCAUAUCUAAGGAUCUUGGAAUAUUUGGUUGUCAUAAAGUAAAGCAUUACUUAUCACUGGAAAGCAGGAUGGAGUGACCUUAACCAAAAGUAGCCAAACAAGAUGUCUUAUUUUAAGGUCCAAACUUUUGUGGUUGUCAGCAACAGGGAAGCAGUAGUUUGGGUUACCUUUUUAGGGUAAGUACGAUGUAUCUUUAAGUGCUGGUGGGAUGCAGGGAACCAGAAGGGCAGAAGCCAGGUUCUAUGAGAGUAAUGUUGUGGCUAGAACAAAUAAAUACUUUCAGAAGGAGGUUUAGGUGGAAAGCAGUACUGAUAUUUCUGGGGAAGGCUGUUGGGAACCCACUGGUAUUGACAACUUAUUAAAAGUUACCUCAAGUGA